AUGGCUACGGUCAUCUCAGACAGCGGCCAUGCCGGCCGAGGGCAGCAGCGCACACUAAUACCGCACAUGGUUGACAAGCUGGCUAGCACCAACCCGAAUACAAUCUUUGGCAUGUGGCCUGUGAUGCCUGCCUCGUACGAAGCUGGCUAUCGGACCAUCUCCUACGCCGAGCUGGCCAACAUGGUGAAUGGCCUGGCCUGGUGGCUCGUCCAGAACCUCGGGCCCGGCCAGGACUGCGAGACGUUGGCCUAUGUCGGGCCCAACGAUGUACGCAUUCCCGCUCUGCUACUGGCGGCCAUCAAGGCAGGAUACGGUCUUUUUCUAACGUCGCCGCGGAACAGCGCUGCGGCACACCGGGCGCUGUUUGAUGCGAUCGAGUGCAAAACCCUCAUCACUUCAGAACCAACACCGCAGCCUGCUCUUGCCAUAAUCGAGGCUGUUGAGCCACGCCACCUGAAAGUGCCAAGUCUCGAUGAGUUGUACCAAACAAACUUUGCUCCAUUCGUAUAUUACAAGACUUUAGAGGAUGGACGCCGCGACCCUCUAAUGAUCAUACACACAUCCGGAUCGACGGGCAUACCGAAACCGCUGAUAUGGACCCAGGAGACGGGAUUCAGACACCACCAAUCUUCUGCUUGUCCAGCCCCCACUGGUAUUCCCUCCCUUGAGAGCCUUUACCUUGGCAAGCGUGUUCUAGUGACUGUUCCACCGUUCCAUGGUGCUGGUCUCGGGCAAUCGCACCUGUACGCUAUACCUUUCGGCAACACCAUCAUCGCCCCAGCAGCGACGGGAAUCGUAUCGGCCGAGAGUCUUGUGGAAGCCCUCGGCCACGCGCCCGCCGAUGUGGCGCUCUUGGUGCCGUCCGUGGUUGCGGAGUUAGCCAAGAAUCCCGCCUUGCUGCACUACUGCGCCCAGCACCUAAGGUUGAUUGUCUACAUUGGAGGCGAUCUGCCCCAGGAUGUGGGAGACAUUGUGGCGGCCGAGAUUCCUUUGCGUUGUCAGUGGGGUGCAUCAGAAGUCGGCAUGCCUCAGCAAUUGAUCCCUCGGGAUCUGGAUCCUUGCAAGGACUGGCGUUAUGUUCGCUUCCAUCCAUGUGCGGGUGCCGUGUUUGACAAAGUUGCCGAGGGCAUUUUUGAAUUGGUGAUACGACGCCAACCCUCACUCGAGCAUACGCAGACGGCAUUCUCUAUUCGAGGCCAGGAAAAUCUCGUCGAGUAUCGUACCGGUGAUCUUUUUGCACCUCACCCGACUGUUGCUGAUGCAUGGUCAUGGAAGGCCAGAGCGGACGACAUCAUUGUUUUCCUCAAUGGGGAGAAAACGAAUCCGGUUUCGAUGGAGCAGCAUAUUACAGCCCGGAAUGCUAAAUUAUUGAGUGGAGCCAUUGUGAUUGGAACCAAGCGCUUCCAGGCUGCAUUGCUCAUUGAGCCUAUUAAGGCAAUCGAGACCACCGCUCAAGAAGCCGCCUUGAUUGAACGAGUUUGGCCGAGUAUCGAAGAAGCCAACCGUGAUGCCCCUGCCCAUGCCCGUGUGGAGAAGUCUCUAGUAUUUGCUACAGCCCCGGACCGACCCCUGGUUCGUGCCGGCAAAGGCACGCUGCAGAGGACUGCCAGUCUUGCGCAAUACCAGGCUGAAAUCGAUGAAAUGUAUGAAAGGCAAGAGAUGUUGCAAGACACUGAAGAACUAGCAGAUGUGGAAGGUUUCAGCGAUGCAAGUGAUGUUGUUCAGCGCAUCCGACAUGUCAUUCGUAGUAUUGCUGGCUGGCCAAAUCUUGAUGACUCGACCGAUAUCUUCGAACGUGGGUUUGACUCGCUACAAGCACUUCGAUUGACACGAGCCUUGCGCAAGGCUCUCCAUCGACCCGAUCUUGGGCUGUCUAUGAUUUAUCAGAACCAUACAGUGUCGACAUUAGCCGCCGCCGCCAUGGCGCAGACUCAACACGGCAACGACCAAGAAACCAUGGAAUCAUUGCUGGCCACUUAUUCCCAACUGAUCCGACAGAUACCUGUGCCCAAGGCAAAUGACGGUCCAUUAAAGGAAACGCCGUUGAAUAUCAUCUUGACUGGCUCUACCGGAACACUGGGCACCAUGAUCUUGCGUACACUACUUGAGCGAAAAGACAUUGGGCAUAUCUAUUGCCUAAAUCGUGACAUGGACGGAGGACAUGCAAGCCAAUCCAAGCGCUUUGUCAUGCUCAAUUUAGAGGAGAAACUCGACAGUGGUGUCACCUUCAUUCGGGCAGACCUGGCGCAUCCGAGACUCGGCCUCGACGAUGCAAUGUACGAGACUCUGUGCAAGAAUGCUCACUAUAUAGUUCACAAUGCCUGGCCGGUGAAUUUCAACUUGGCCUUUUUAUCGUUUCGUCCGCAACUAGCUGGCAUGGUCAACUUGUUCUCACUAGCCGCUGCUGGAGCUACUCCCAUGAGAUUUUUUUUCAUCUCUUCGGUUGGAGCCGUAGCAGGUCUACGAUCCAAGGCAGGAAUGGUGCCAGAAGCCAUUGUCAAGUCACUCGAUGCGGCUCACACCAAUGGGUAUUCCCAAAGCAAACUCGUGUCCGAGAUCCUCUGCGACGUCGCCGGCCAACAUUUGGCUAUGCCGGUCAGAAUCGCACGAGUAGGUCAGGUGGCCGGGCCGGUAGGCGUAGGAACGUGGAACCGCACCGAAUGGCUCCCCAGCCUCGUCAUCAGCUCCUUUCAUCUGGGCUGCGUACCACAAGACCUGGGUCAACGGUUCUCCGCGGUGGAUUGGAUACCGUCCGAUGCAUUGGCCGAGAUCGUGGUGGACCUUGUUGCCACAUCGCGUUCCUCGCGGAAGCUUGAGACUCUAGACACCCAAAGUAAUGGCGUCGAGGUCUUCAACCUUCGAAACCCAAGCACCACAACAUGGAGUGCGCUCCAGCCUGCGCUACAAGAGGCAGCCUCGGUGCAUCUCCACAAGCCACUCGAUAUUGUGCCAUCCUUCACUUGGCUCGAGCGAUUGCAAAAGAGCAGUGAGUCUGACACGGACGACAUGGCUGCGUUGGUAGCAGCAAAUCCAGCCAUCAAGUUGCUAGCCUUUUAUCGCAAUGGUUUGUGGGCCGAGGAGCUCGCCGUCGAGCCCAUGUCGGUCGACAGAGCAGUUGCCGAGAGCCCGACACUUCGAGAUUUACCACCCGUUCGGGGCGAGUGGAUGCGGAAAUGGGUCGAGGAUUGGAUGGCUUGA